AUGGAAGUCAAUUUCAACGACGUCCCAAUGUCAGAUCCAUUCCUAUCGUUGGAAACGAACCUUGAAGAUAUCACCGAGGCUUUUCUCACUGUCAGCGGUACUGAUAUAAGUGACCCAAAUACGGGAACUACCCCACUCAUUUUGUAUCGUACGGUAAACCGUACUAGCAGUGUAGUAGUCUGUAAUGUACGGUAAGA